UGAAAUACAAACACGAGUUUUAUUGUGGUGUUGAACAAGCUAUUUAGUUGAAUAGUAUUAGUAAAUCGUGAACGCAAAUUUCAGUGAUCAAUAUGCACCGCGCAGUCAGGGUAGUUACCCAAAAGCUGGGAUGAUAAAAAUCUCACCUUAUGUUCAUCAGUACUUACAAUCUUUGUAAGAUGUUCAAAGAUAUGAGUCUUAGAAUCGAUCUAAUAAGGAGAUUUACAACCUCAAACUAGCUCAACUAGAAAGGUGUCUAGUUACCAUUGUCAGAAAUUCUCUAUCUAGACACUACUGCAAUUACAUUAUUUAUUACGAGAAUUCCUGAAAGUAAGGAAACGCGAACAAAUAUAACCGUUGACUACAUAUGUAACAUAAACACAAACGGUACCUAAUGCAAUAUAUUCGAGAGAGACUUUCUCUAAACCUUCCAACAAAUCACAACACGGAAUCAUCAUCUGGAUUAAAUUAUGGAUCUACAAAUGUGCCGGAUACAACCGAUACUCCCCCGAGGCCUCCUAGCCGCAAGACUCGAGACGGUACUAAAUUGUCAGAGGUGAUAGUUUCUCCAACGAUCUCAACCAUAUCAGAAUCGGUUAGUCAGCAUGGCAGCAUUCAGCCGGGGUCGACUUAUGUGACACCCUUUCAAAGCCCUGUUGUAUCGGAAAAAUGGUCACCGCACAGUGCGUCCACGGAGAAAUCCCCCACAUCGGUUGAUAGUGUUCAUUUUCAAAGCCACAACCAAUACGUGGGCUACCCCAGUAGAUACCCGACGCCAGUAACGAAUGGCUACGUGAAUCAUUCAUUCGUUGAUGCUACCGGAAGUACCGCGACAAAUUUGAAUCGAAACAGUCAUCAAACACAUACGACGUCACGACGACCGGCGCUUCAACAGAUCGGAUCGACAUCGUUCCACGUUUCGUGUUCAGCACCGGUGCCGAAUGCAUUUUCCUCUUCCGGUUUGGCGCUGUUUUCAAACGUUAUAAAUGAAUCGUUAUCUAAUAAAUUUAUCGUACAUUGGUACUCAGUUCAGGGGUAUUCAGAAGAACCUCCUGAAAGACUCGAGCCACUUGGAGGAUCCGCACUCGGUUGAGGGAGUGCUCGAAAUCGCUCUGAAGAAAUUUGCACCGGUAAACGAGUUCAAAAUUAAGCUGUCCAGUCGGACCGAUGCUGGGGUUCACGCCUUACACAACACCGUACAUGUGGACUUGGAACGACCAAAUGGGAGACCGUACAAAACGUACAAAUUGACCCAAGGACUGAACAGGACUUUCGGUUCCAAAGGGCUACCGAUCAGAAUACUCGACACAAAGCUGGUUCCAAUGACCUGCCACGCCAGGCUAUGCGCCAAGUCUCGUACCUACCUCUAUCGAUUGGGAGUGCUGAGGCCUCAGUUUUGCGAUAAUGUCGACAGCCAUCCCUUCAGCCGCUUUGUGCCGAUCGAUGAAUACGACCGGUGCUAUUUCAUAGCCCAUAAACAUUUUGACAUAGAACUAUUGAAAAGGGUGGCCAGCACUUUUCAAGGAUAUCAUGACUUUCGCACGUUUAUGUCUGUUACUCGUGGAAACGAUCGACAGCACGAUCCCACCUUUACGCUAAGAAGUAUUGAGCAUAUUUCCAUCGACAGAGGUAUUUCUAUGGCAUCGGCGUUUAAUCGGGAGAUAGCUGAGAGGUACUACGAAUAUUGGGAUAUUCGAAUAAAGGGGCGGUCGUUCCUCUACAAGCAGGUUCGUCGAAUGGUAGGAGCCUGGAUCGGUGCGGCAGAGAAUCGCCUAAGCGAACGCGACAUCUAUCGUAUGCUGACGGUGCCCUCCCAACGCUCGUGGUGCGAUCAAGCAGUCGUUGCACCGGCAUACGGAUUGUUCCUAUGUCAAGUCGAGUACGAUCCAUCCGAUUUGGAAUUCCCGGAAGAUGAGCUUCCUGGAGCAGCUGCGGAAAAGCAAACAGUUGUUGCAACCAACUGAAACCACCGUCACCUACAUGGACGGUAGCCGGAAGGUAUUCCGAGGUGAAAUGGAACGGGAUGCUCCGGCACGGUUAGGUUUUAUCGUGGAUACCAGCCCUGAUCAGGUGCCGGCGUGCAUUUUAAGCAACUUACUUUAUUUGGGAUCACAAGACUGCGUGCGUAAAGAGGUUCUGGAGAAGUACGGUAUCACCCACGUGUUGAGUGUUGGCAUCGAAACGCCACCCUUCGAUGAGUGUCAUCACAGUGUUAAGACGAUCUUUGUUGAAUGUUUGGACUUACCCGAGACCAACCUCCAAGACGUUCUGAAACAAACAAAUGAAUACAUCGAACGGUGUCGACUAGACGGGGGCAAAAUCCUGGUCCACUGCAAUGCCGGAGUGUCACGUUCCACAUCAGCCGUAAUUGGAUAUUUGAUGGCUCACCAUAAUUACACGUUUCUUCAAGCGCUGGGCCUAGUCAAAAGUAAAAGACCUUGCGUACAACCAAAUGUUGGCUUUAUUAAUCAAUUAAAAAAAUUGCAGUAACAA